AUGAGAACUACAUCAUUAUCGGAAGGCCAAAAUUGGUCGUUUCAGAACAAUACCCUUACUGGUUCUUAUCUUUUAAUGUUUAUGAUGACAUUUGAGGCUGUUAUGGAACGGCAAAGGCGUAAUCAAGUUAUCAACGACUUUAACACUGCUACAACACUUCCUAGAUUCAUCACAUCUAGUCCAAUUGAAGCACAUGCUUCAAAGGUUUACACUCGUAAAAAAUUUUAUCAGGUGCAGAAAGAGAUAUCAGAUUCUGAUAACAUUUGUUUCCAAAUGAGUGUUACUUCUAAUAAUUAUGUUGACACAAUUAUUGUUUUGGAGAAGCAAAAGAACAUAACAACAAUGCAACCAUCAAGUCCUGAUGUUGAUUACAAAAUCGACGAAUACCAUUACGAUCGUCUUACACAGGAUACCCAAUACAUCGUACGUUAUUACUUUAACAAUGCGUUGCACACUCAACAACAGAUGGUUCAUACAAAUGUACCUGCAUGCAUUUCGAACAUGUCGGUCUUUUGUAUUCCUGAAGAAUACAUUAUGAAACGGUGGCGUCGGGAUGUUGUUCCAACAGAAUUACUUAAAAGACGUUUUUCUAAUUCUUUACUAGACUCUAACUCUGAUAUGACGGCUAUUGAAAUUUUUUCAAACGUAGAUCGUUGUGUUUCCUUUUUAAGCCAUGAUGCCUCGAAGUUAAAGUCAUACCUUGAAGAGUUGAAUAAGCUGAAGAAAAAAUUUGUAGAUGAUUGUCCAGCCCUUGAGAUGCCAUCAAGAGAAUCAUUCUACAACCAGAUUAUAGGCGUAGAAUUAACUAAUGAUGCUCCCGAUAUUGACAACCCAUCAUAUGUUAGUAAUAAGGGAACUAGCAGUCGUGGCAAGAUAUUAAAAUCAAAAAAAGAAAUGCUGCAAAAAGUUGGUUUGAAGCCUAAGAGAAAGUGUACUUUAUGUAAACAGAUGGCUAACCAUGACAAACGAAAUUGUCCCCUUAAAAAACGUGUCUAA